GGUCCAGAUUUUAGGAUGAGAAAAUGACCCACAUUUACCGUACAAGGUUGGAACAAAGAUUAUAAAACACAAACAUUCGCCAUUUCAUUUCACGUUGCUUACAUUGAUUUCAUCGCAAAUGGCUCUUGAGGUUGCUGUCAAGGCUGCUGUUGGUGCUCCAACUAUUCUCGGAGACUGUCCAUUUUCCCAGAGGGUUCUCUUAACUUUGGAAGAGAAGAAGAUCCCACACAACAUCCAUUUGAUUAAUCUCACUGACAAACCCCAAUGGUUUUUGGAAGUGAAUCCUGAAGGGAAGGUUCCAGUGGUCAAGUUUGAUGGUAAAUGGGUUCCUGAUUCAGAUGUUAUUGUUGGAAUUCUUGAAGACAAAUACCCUGAACCCUCUCUUGUUUCUCCUGCUCAAUUUUCCUCAGUGGGGUCAAACAUAUUUGCUUCUUUCUCGAGCUUUCUGAAGAGCAAAGAUUCAAAUGAUGGAACAGAACAAGCUUUAUUAGCAGAACUCAAUGCUUUGGAUGAACAUCUUAAGGCCAAUGGUCCAUUUGUUGCUGGGGAGAAGGUCACAGCUGUUGAUUUGAGUUUGGCACCAAAAUUGUACCAUCUAGUGGUAGCACUUCGCCACUUCAAGAGUUGGACUAUUCCUGAGAGUUUGGCAAAGGUCCACAACUACAUCAAGUUGCUCUUCUCUCGUGAAUCAUUUGAGAAAACCAAGGCUGCAGAGGAGUAUAUCAUUGCUGGAUGGGCACCAAAGGUCAAUGCAUGAAGUAGCUCGAAGUUACGAGUUUAGUGAACACCGGACAUGCACUGUGAUCGAGCAUUAUUAUUAAGAAAUAAGAAUAGGAUGUUGUAACUUAUCUUUUGAAGGAUUGAAAUUUGCAGUGUGUUGAUCUCCUCUAUAAUAAAUAAGUAGUUUGUUUAUGUGUGUUUUGUUGAUGGGAAUUGGGAAGUGUGUUUUAUUAA